AAAGUCCUCCCAGUAGUAGGACUUCUCAGACGUCACGCCAAGCUACGCUCAUUGGAUAACUCGGAGAUGGAGAAGACUAAUACCAUCGGUCCCUUCACUUGAUUCUUUCCUUUACCAAUUGCUCUCCUCGAUGUCGUUCACUUCAACGACGACGUCGUUGCCCAGAAUAGCUGGGCUUUGCUUGAAACUCGGUGAGUCUCCGGUGAGAAAGAAGAAUAGGUUCUGCUCCCACGGAGGAGUACGGGUCCCCACACGGGGCGUUAGGGCCUCUUCGGAGCGGAGUGGCGAGCGGAUUGAUGGGAGAAUAGAGGGAGGGGGGGAUGGGCCAGCAGGAAGGCUCACGAGCCCGGCCAUGGAGGUGACCACAUUUGAUAUGAGCUUCGGCGAGGCCGAGAUCCCCGUUUGGGAGAAGAUUGGCGCCGUCGUCAGGCUCGGCUACGGAAUCGGCAUAUAUGGUGCAAUGGCUCUAGCAGGAAGGUUCAUAUGCUCAAUGAGCGGAAUCGAUUCUAUGGGAGGUUUCCAUCCAUCAUUAGAUGCCAUACUACAAGGACUUGGAUAUGCUGCUCCUCCUAUCAUGGCCCUUCUGUUUAUACUAGAUGAUGAAGUUGUGAAGUUGUCACCCCAUGCUCGUGCAAUCAGAGAUGUGGAGGAUGAGGAGCUAUGGAACUUUUUCUAUGGAAUGUCAUCUUGGCAGUUUAUAAUGAUUGUUGCUGCAAGCUCAGUGGGAGAGGAGCUUUUUUACAGGGCUGCAGUUCAAGGCGCAUUAGCUGAUAUAUUUCUAAGGGGCACCGAUCUUGUAACUGAUGCUCGAGGGAUGGCAUCUGUGACUGGGGUACUUCCUCCUUUUGUUCCAUUUGCUCAGGCGUUUGCAGCUGUGGUUACGGCUUGCCUUACAGGUUCACUAUAUUAUGCAGCUGCUUCUCCUAAAGAUCCUACGUAUGUUGUUGCUCCAGUUUUGCAGUCUCGUUCUGGUCGCAAAGAUCUGAAGAAGCUCUUUGCAGCAUGGUAUCAGAAGAGGCAAAUGAAAAAGAUAUAUUCUCCCCUCCUGGAAGGACUUUUGGCACUUUACCUUGGUUUUGAAUGGAUCCAGACAAAUAACAUUCUUGCUCCCAUUAUCACCCAUGGCAUAUACUCUGCCGUUAUAUUGGGACAUGGCCUUUGGAAAAUACACGACCACCGCCGAAGACUACGCCAAAGAAUCCACAACCUUAAAUUAGAAGGAAAGAACUCAGAUAAGUUAUGAAGGAGCUGUGCAAUCAUGAGGAAUAAUCAUUGUGUGAGGGAAAUUAAUACAUUGUCGCAUAGCAGAAUUGUAGAUCAAGUUUGUUAGUUGAAUAUUAUGGCAGUGAUCUGUAAAUGUGCAAUAUAUAAAUGUACAUAUUUACAGCACAAAAAUACCAAUUAAUUAGUAGCAUACGAGUUUAAUUA